UACCUUUCCUUUACUCAGAACCUCAAACUGAAAAACACUCACUUUUCUCUCUCCUCCAUUUUUCAGAGAAUCCAAUUCAAAAUCUUGUGCAAUAAUUUUCUUAAAGACUUCUAUCUUCAUUAUCAUUAAUAACCCCAACAACAGCUUUUCUUCAAUGGCAGCUUUUCAGCAAUACCCUGCUUCAUUUUUGGCUGACUCUGUUUUUCUGUCCAACUUUUCCGCCAUUAAAACGCCUGGCGUUUUAGAUGAAUUUAUUCCCAAUUUGAACCAAUUUUACUCUGCCUCUGAAAAUUCCCAGAUGUUUUAUUAUAAAGAGAUCAAUUCCUCCAUUGACAACGAACUUUCUUCUGUAACUGAAAAACAGAGGACAGAGAGCUUAUCAAUGGCGGACAAGUCUGAUAGUGAUGAACAAGUGACUCAAAAUUCAGUCCCUGUUGAUAAAAAGAGGAAGUCUCGAAAAGGUUCUUCCCCAAAUUCUGCUAAUUCUAAGGAGGUUAAACAAGUGAAGUGUAAAAAACAGAAGGAAGAUAAAGCAGCAAUGAAAGUUGAAAAGAAAGACAGCAAUUCAAACGAAGAACCUCCAAAGGGUUACAUUCAUGUUAGAGCAAGGAGGGGUCAAGCCACUGAUAGUCACAGCCUUGCUGAAAGGGUGAGAAGAGAGAAAAUUGGUGAGAGAAUGAAGAUGUUACAAGCUCUUGUUCCAGGUUGUGACAAGGUCACUGGGAAGGCCCUCAUGUUGGAUGAGAUUAUCAAUUAUGUCCAGUCCUUGCAAAAUCAAGUUGAGUUUUUGUCACUAAAGCUUGCUUCUUUGGACCCCAUGGCAUAUAAUUUUGGAUUAAUAGAUGAUCCAAUGAUGUAUGGAACUCAGGCUGUAAACAAUGGGAUGGCAUUACAAGUGCCAAUGAUGCAACAAGCCACCAGCAACGGCAUCGAUCCAUCUCAAGCAUUUGCAACCACAAAUCCAAUGAGCUGCUCGGCCACGGCCACGAGCUCGGCUACGACGACACCCACCUUUCCUAGAUCUAUGGCUGAUAGAUCAGCCAGUUUAGUUCAACAAGAAGAGAAGCCAAGUUUGCUUCCUUUACAGGAUGUUGGAAGUUUAUAUUGGGGAGGAGUAAAUGAGCAGCAGCAACAACAAAGCAUUAUCAAUCAACUUGGAUUCCUUCCAGUAGAAUAUCAUAAUUCUUACUAGAAAGUAGAAACCUCUUUUACUAUCUAGAACCAAUUUAAGAAGAAGGAGAUGCCAAGAAUGCAAGCUAGCUACGGGAAUUGAAGAGACAUAAUGUUCAGAAAACACAAAGAAGAAUUCUGUUUCCUUUGUGUCAGCUCAGAUAGAAUUGAAGAAGAAGAAGAUGAAAUUCUUGUGCUCCAAAUUAAUUGGCUAUGAUUCUUGGUUUACAAAAACAUUAUUUAGGAAAAUGUAAAAAGAUUAUUGUUGAAAAAAUAGAGAGAACAUAAAAUAAAGGACAGACCAUAUCCAACCAAAUAAGGACCCACCCAUAUCUUUUGGAGAUCCUUGUUUAUGUUCCAAUUUAACUAUCAAAAUUCUGUCACCAAAAAUAGUUUUAGAAACUUGUUUCACUUAGAACCUAACUACGAUUGGACAAAAUUUUAAUUUUAUUUUGUCUAUUGUAUUCAAUGUACCUAGUUUCCCUUCAAAAAAUAAAAUGUACCUAGUUAUUUGUUCUAUA